AUGCCCGACGACAUCUACGAUCAUGAAUGGAAGUCAGAAUUCGCGUCGACUCGCUCGGGGCGCAACUCGCCCAACAUUUUUGCCAAGGUCCGCAGAAAGCUUCUGCUGACUCCACCGGUUCGAAAUGCCAGAUCGCCACGGCUCACCGAUGAGGAAUUGGAUGCGCUCACCGGCGAUUUGCCCUACGCAACCAACUACACCUACGCCUACAGCAAGAUCUACGAUCCGUCGCUUCCGGAUCACUGGGAAGUUCCGAACCUCACCGGUGGAAUGUCAUCUGGAACGUUGGCUGAGCAGGAGCACUGGUCUGCGGCUAGCCUCAGUCGCCAACUGCUCUAUCUUCUGAGAUUCCCGCUCUAUCUGGUUCUUCACGUCAUCACUUACAUCCUAGAAGCGAUUUACCAAGUCGUCAAGAUUUCUACUUAUACGAUUUGGGACUACAUUCUCUAUUUGAUUAGACUUGCCAGAAACCGCUAUGCCAGCUGGCAGGACAAUCGCCGUCGAACUGCUCUCAUCCGCAACCGUCAAGACCCAUUCAAUGUGAAACUCGCUCGCUUCAUCCGCGGUUUCUUCGAAACCAUCGUCUACGUGAUUCAUACUCCAGUAAGACUGUGGAAGUCUCGCGGGAACAGCGUUUCCCAGUACGACUACACAUCCAUCAAGGAUCAGCUGGAGAACGAAAGAGCUAGCCGAAUGGUUACCAGAUCCCAAGGACUCGAAAAAAGCCGCACAUUUGCUGGCCUUUCUCGUUCACCGGCUCGUCGUGCCACGCCCGUUGCGGCUACUAAGACAACUAACAUCACACGAGUUAUCACAAAGGUGUUUGCAAACGACGAAAGCUCUUCCGAGGCUCCUGCUACGCCAACCGUUGUCACUACAAGAACAGUCAGGACACGUUCGGUUACUCCAAGAUUCCGCAGCACCCGUGCAGCAGCAGCAACUCGUUCUGGAAUCCAAAGAGCCGCGUUUGAUACCCCGGAUCUCGAAGUUGACACUUCACUGGCUUCAUUUGGUCUUCGCAGCAGAGCUAAAAACCAUCUUAACACCCCGGAACCAACUUUCGAUAUUGGAGAUGUCGCGGCCACUUCUACCCCACUGAUGCCAAGGACUGACUACAUCGUAGAUACCAACGAAAAGGGAGUCAUCCACAAUGUUCUUUACUACAUCGGAUACUUCGUCUUCCUCCCCUUCAUUGCUGCUAGACACAUUUGGUACACAAUCUACGACUAUGGAAAGAGUGCCUACAUGAAAUGGACCGAUUAUCAGCCGGAAGCCAUGGAAGCCAUUCAUGUUAGGGAUGUCAACGAACCCGCCCCUACUGAUGACAACAACGCCUCUUUCAUUGCUGUUCCUUGGACAACACGGAUCUCAAAUGCUUUUUCAGCUCUCUUCAUUCUCAUCAAAGACAUUUUCAUUUACAUUGGGGAAGCCCAUGAGAUAGUCUUUGAGAUGUUCAAAGGAGCUUUCCUUGAGACCACUUCUUACAUUGGCGGACUCUUUAGCGGACUCUCCGAUGCAUUCAUCGAGAAGAGAAACAAGGGAACAUUGUGGCCAAUGUUAUGGACUCUCUGGGUUCUGCUCCUUGCCAUCUUCCUUUUUGGAUUCCUGCACUCAGAGAACACUGCAAUCCGUAAGGAAGGAUUCAUCCAAGAGGCCAAUGAAGCAAAAUCCACGGAUGGUGGACUCCCAACAGUACCCUUCUGGAUGGGAGCCGUCAACAAUGUCAAGCACUACACAUGGAUGACUAAGGAAUAUGUCUAUGAUCUUGCAUUCAACACCUACUCUUUUAUAAAGCCUGUUCUUGGAAGGACAGUGACUGCUCCGAAAUAUGCAUGGGGAUUGAUUGCCAGCGGAUGUGGUACAGUGGCUGAUAAUUUCCAGUCCUUCAGAGACUAUGUCAGUGAGAAGUCGUAUGAUGUUGGAUACUUCUUGAGCUAUGGAUUCAAAGAGUCGUUUGCCAAUGUUGGCAAUAGUGUUCUUAAUGGGACUUUCACCUACGCAGAGAAAUUUGGACAAUACACCAACGAUUUCUUCUCCAAUGCGUUCUCCGGAAUCUACGACUUCUUUGCCUACUUCUUCUCUGGUCUCCUAAACAUCUCCACCAACACCCAAACCGCCAUCAUCUCAGGAGUGAAAACUGUCGUAUAUGGAAUCUCCGACUUUUUCUACAACUACAUCUACGCUCCAGUUGCUGGCUUCUUUAGCGGAAACUACCAAGAGCUCCUACGACCAAUCUGGCUUGCUUUGAGAUGGAUUUAUGACAUGGUGGUGCUUGGAGUGACUAGCAUCUUCGACUUGGCUACUUUCUUGGUGACCUAUCCAGUUGGUUUGAUCACUCGCGGAUGGAUCAAGAUCAGUCAAUACGCGCCGGAGGAUCCAGUUCAAGUGAUUCCAAUCCCACAAGCCAUCACACCUACUCCGGAUAUUGACAGAGUGCAGGAACAGCAGCCCCCGGAGAUUCUCAAAAAGAAAACCGAGGUUGAGGACGAAGAAGAAGAGCUCAAAAUAAUUCCCGCCCCCGCACCAGAACCCAUUCCAAUCCCAACCGUAGUCACUACUCCACCACCAGUUAUUAUUCAUCAGACUAACGUUGUUGAGACCGUAGACAAGGAAGCUAUCAUUAAGGAGGUGACUGAGAAGCUUCGAGACGAAUUGACCGCCCAGUUUCAUCAAGACCUCAGUGCGAAGUUCGAGCAGAACUAUCAGACAAUUAUUGAGCAGCUGAAGAUAGUAAACAACGACGUUAGGUAUGACAAUCAUCAGCUGGAAGCUAUUAUCCGUCAGUUGAUCUACGAGUAUGACACUGACAAGACAGGGCAAGUUGAUUACGCUUUGGAAAGUUCUGGUGGCGCUGUCAUCUCUACCAGAUGCAGUGAAACCUACAAGAGUUACACUCGUUUGGAGAAAUUUUGGGAUAUCCCAAUCUACUAUCAUCACUACUCACCAAGAGUUGUGAUUCAGAGAAACUCAAAAUCGCUUUUCCCUGGUGAAUGCUGGUGCUUCAAAGAUGGUCGUGGUUACAUUGCAGUAGAGCUGUCGCAUUUCAUUGAUGUAUCCAGUAUUAGCUACGAACACAUUGGAAAAGAAGUUGCUCCAGAAGGAAAUCGGUCCAGUGCUCCGAAGGGUGUUCUCGUUUGGGCGUACAAGCAGAUUGAUGAUUUGAGCACACGAGUGUUGAUUGGGGACUACACCUAUGAUCUUGACGGACCACCACUUCAGUUCUUCAUGGCCAAGCACAAGCCUGACUUCCCAGUUAAAUUUGUCGAAUUGGAAGUAACCAGCAACUACGGCGCCCAAUUCACCUGUCUCUACCGUCUCCGUGUCCACGGAAAAAUGCUAAAAGUCUAA